GCACUGAGACAACAAACCGAGAGGGAAAAGAUCAGACCAAGCCCGGCUUUGUCCCAUUCACAGGAGGGGGGCGACGUGUAAAUGACAAGCCAGUUGCACCAGUUGUAUCCGAAGGGGAACGGCAGGGUGUGGAGAAAACGCCUGAUGAAAGGGCACGGGAGGCAAGGGAACGGCGGUUUAAAGCCUUUGGAGGGGUUGGACGCUCAUUGCGGUAA